UUUUCACCCAGAAUAAGAAAUGGAGAAACUUCGUGUACAUCAAAUCAGCCUAAAAACAGGUAUUCUCGGAGGUUCCAAAGUUGGCAAGUACAGCUUGUACACUAAAGUCUUGCAAGAUAAGAAUUAUGAACCUGGAAAGAGGAAAAUUAAAGCAUAUGGAGUUUAAGAAAUUGGCUAUUGAUAAGAAAGACUUAUCAAUAAAGAGCAAAUGGAUGGAGAAAGUUUCUUCAUGAAUAAAAGUCAAAUUUAAGAUCACCUGCUCAACACCCCAAACAAACUUCAAAAUAAUCUUCCUCCUCUACGACAUCACCAGCCUCCUUUCCUUCCACCAAGCUUCCCAAAUCCUCCAAUUACUCAGAAAGGGCAAAUUUUGGCCUGAGAUAGUUCUCUUAGGCAACAAGACGGACUGUGAAGGUAGCAGAGAAGUGGCUUUUGAGAGAGGAAUGAAAUUGGCAGUGAAAUACGGAGCUUAUUUUACAGAGAUUUCUGUGAAGAAAGUGCUUAAUCUUAAGGAGAUCUUUGGGAUGGUAGCCCAUAGUGCAGUCAUGGCGAAUUUAGAGGAUAUUGGGCCUGAGUAUGCUAUGAUGCUCAAUUUGGAAAAAGAGAGUUUUUAGGUUGGAUAAGUGUAUGUGAGAGUUUUAUGGUGAUAUAAACAUAUUACAUAAAUUCAAGA